AUGGAGGACAGCCUGAAGCAGGGCAGGGGGUCCGAGGGGGUGGGGGACAGCCAGGCUGUGGCAGAGCUGCAGGAGCUGGCCCUGAGGUGGUUCAUGGAGACGCAGGCCCCCCUCAUUCUGCAGGACGGAGCCCUGCCCCCCUGGUUCCAUGGAUUCAUCACCCGCAAUUACUUGAGUGAGGGGCUCUGCAUUUUCACUCAGAACUGGGCCCUGCACACUGUGCAGUUGGUCCUGCAUAGAGCACACACUCAGUAUUUGGGUGGGCUUUGUGCUUCCCGGGAACCUCUCGACCCUGCACAGCCACCCACCCACCGAGAGCGGUUGUCAGAUGUCCGCCCCCUCUGCGGAGGGACACACAAAGGCCCGAGCGGUCAGCCCAGUGUGUUGUGUUGCAGGGGCAGCAACCGAUGUCGGCAUUUUGUCAUCACCCAGCUCCAAAACCGGCGCUACGUGGUCGCUGGGGACACCCGCAGCCACGGCAGCCUGGGCGAGCUCGUGCACCAUUACCACGAGGUGCAGUUUGAGCCCUUUGGGGAGACCCUGGCCACUGCCUGUCCCCGGCCGAAGAACGAUGAUCUGUACGAUGCCAUCAGCCUGGGCCUCCACCAGAACAACCCGGGCCUAGGAGACCUAUCUGCCGCUGUGUCCCCCACGGGGGUCCCAGACAAGGACGGCAGCCCCCGACCCCCUCCAAAGCCCCAGGUCUCCUUCCUCCACAUGGAGAGGAGCCUAGAUGUGGGUCCCUGGAACCUGUCUGAGGAGGAGAGCAUGGAGCCCCCUAGCAGGGUGCCCCCCCUCCCUGAGAGGAGUGCCUCCCUUCUGGACCAGUCUUUUGGAAGCUCCAACGACAUCAUCUACACAGACCUUAAGAAGAUGAAGCAGGUGCGGCUCGGUCUGGGCACAGAGGUGUCUGGCAGGCAUGGGCCAGUUCCAGCUGGCAGCCGGGCCAGCUCCCUAGGCAAGGAGGCCCGGAGGAGACCCUCAAACGGAAGCCAGAACAGGCCCGAUGGCCCAGGGCCUGCCCUCUCUGUGGGGAGCCCAGACCAGGGCCCUACAGUGUCUUCCACUUCCCGGGGCCUCCUCCUGCCUCCCAGUGGUGAGGAUCCAGGAUCCUCAGCUGCGACCCGGAGCCAGGGGUCUCCAAAGCCCGGCCAGGGCACUCAGCUCUGCUCCGGGCGCAGUUCUGCAGACACCUACGCGCUCAUCCAGACAGAAGGCUCCCUGCAGGACGCUGGCGAUGUGCCGGACCGGAAAGAAGACAGUACCUAUGAGCAGAUCCCAGUCUGCUGGGGUGGCCCAGCCAGGCCCCUAGUUCCUGAGGCCAGUUUCACACAUGGCAAACUCUCCGGGCCCACAGACUAUGGCUAUGAGAGUUUCACGGGAGCCCCGGAGCUCCUGGAGCCUAGGAACACCUAUGAACAAAUCCCAGCAGCCAAGAGCAAGGACGCUGGACGGACACACAAGGUGGGUUCUGCGUGUGUGGGGGGGUGGCUGCCAGCCCUCAGGGAGCAGCUGGUGCUAGGAGGGACCUGUGACCUUCAGGCAGGGGCAGGGCAGGUCACCGCCCCUGCCCAGAGGUACCCAGGGUUUUCCAACCCUAACAUCUGCUUGCAGGUGGUAGGAGAGGAGGCCAUUAGAUUUGGGUGUAAGAUGGGGGCUCCCUGUCCAUCCCUCUUGGUCACUUCGGGUGUCUCAGAGCCCUUGAGGGGGCGGGAGGAGCUCCAGGUCUGA